CCCCCUCUCUCCCAACAAUCUUGUUCUGCAGCUUCUCAUGCUUUCGGCCCCGGGAAGAAAUCAUUCGAUACUAUAAAUUUGCAUUUUAUGAAAGUUAUAUUGAAUAUUAAAUUCGAUACUAGUUAGCUCUCAAACUACUAUUACUACAACGAUAAUGGCCACUACGACAUCGUUCGCCGGCGUUCACUUCCAUAUUCGGCCGUCUGAUUCUACUUGUAGACCCUCCUUAGUUUCACAGCCAGCACCUGUAUCAUUAAACUUCUUGGCAAAGCCAAAAGCUCUCAAAUCCCUAAAUUCGCUAAAAUUAAAGCGCAAAGAUGCAUUUCUCACGAGAAGGUCAGAAAAGUUGGGCAGGAGCUCCCGGUCCUUCGUCGUCCGGUGCGAAACAUCAAGUGGAAGGAUUACGCAGCAGGAGUUUACGGAUAUGGCGUGGCAAGCUAUUGUGUCGUCGCCGGAAGUGGCGAAAGAGAAUAAGCAUCAGAUAGUGGAGACGGAGCACUUGAUGAAGGCACUUUUGGAGCAGAAGAAUGGGCUGGCUCGCCGGAUUUUCUCCAAGGUUGGUGUGGACAACACUCGGCUUCUGGAUGCUACUGAUAAGUUCAUUCAACGCCAACCGAAGGUUCUUGGUGAGUCUGCUGGUUCAAUGUUAGGACGAGAUUUAGAGGCUUUGAUUCAGCGAGCCAGGGAUUACAAGAAAGAAUAUGGUGAUUCAUUUAUGUCAGUUGAGCAUUUAGUCCUCGGUUUUGUACAAGAUAAUCGAUUUGGGAAGCAAUUGUUCAAGGACUUCCAAAUUUCCAGAAAAGCAUUAAAGGAUGCCAUCGAAGCUAUAAGGGGACGGCAAAAAGUUAUUGACCAAGAUCCUGAAGGGAAGUAUGAGGCGCUAGAGAAAUAUGGAAAAGAUUUGACCACCAUGGCGAGAGCGGGAAAACUGGACCCUGUUAUAGGAAGGGAUGACGAAAUUCGAAGGUGCAUUCAGAUUCUUUCUAGGAGAACAAAGAACAAUCCCGUUCUAAUAGGUGAGCCAGGCGUUGGGAAAACUGCAAUUUCCGAGGGGCUUGCCCAAAGAAUAGUGCAAGGAGAUGUUCCUCAAGCAUUGAUGAACCGAAGGUUGAUAUCCCUUGACAUGGGAGCACUGAUUGCAGGGGCUAAAUAUCGUGGAGAGUUUGAAGACAGAUUGAAAGCGGUACUCAAGGAAGUUACAGAUUCAGACGGGCAGAUUAUCCUUUUUAUUGAUGAAAUCCAUACAGUUGUUGGAGCAGGUGCCACCAAUGGUGCAAUGGAUGCUGGCAAUCUCUUGAAGCCCAUGCUUGGUCGUGGAGAAUUGCGAUGCAUUGGUGCGACAACAUUGGAUGAAUACCGUAAAUAUAUCGAGAAAGAUCCAGCUUUAGAGCGCCGUUUCCAGCAAGUUUAUGUUGAUCAACCAACUGUAGAAGAUACCAUCUCCAUUCUUCGUGGACUGAGGGAAAGAUACGAGCUGCAUCAUGGAGUUCGAAUUUCAGACAGUGCACUGGUAGAAGCUGCAAUUCUUUCAGAUCGCUAUAUUAGUGGACGCUUUUUACCUGACAAAGCUAUUGACCUGGUUGAUGAAGCUGCUGCCAAACUGAAGAUGGAAAUAACUUCAAAGCCAACAGCUCUUGAUGAGAUCAACCGUGCAGUUUUGAAACUGGAGAUGGAGAGACUCUCUCUUACUAAUGACACGGAUAAAGCGUCAAAGGAAAGAUUGAGUCGCCUUGAGACAGAGUUGUCUUUGCUGAAGGCUAGGCAAGCUGAGCUGAAUGAACAGUGGGAGCAUGAGAAGACUGUAAUGACCCGCAUACAGUCAAUCAAGGAAGAGAUUGACAGGGUAAAUCUUGAGAUCCAGCAGGCUGAGCGAGAGUAUGACCUCAACCGUGCGGCUGAACUAAAAUAUGGGAGCUUGAACUCUUUGCAGCGUCAGCUUGAAGCUGCAGAAAAAGAAUUAGAUGAGUAUAUGAAGUCUGGGAAGUCCAUGCUUAGAGAAGAAGUUACGGGAGAUGAUAUAGCUGAGAUUGUCAGUAAAUGGACUGGAAUACCAGUUUCUAAGCUAAAGCAGUCAGAGAGGGAAAAGCUGUUGCAUCUGGAGGAAGAGCUUCAUAAAAGAGUUGUUGGUCAAGAUCCUGCAGUGAGAUCUGUGGCAGAGGCUAUCCAACGAUCUCGAGCAGGCCUUUCAGAUCCACACCGUCCAAUUGCUAGUUUUAUGUUCAUGGGACCUACGGGGGUUGGAAAAACAGAACUAGCGAAGGCUCUGGCUUCAUACAUGUUUAACACUGAAGAAGCACUUGUAAGAAUUGAUAUGAGCGAAUACAUGGAGAAGCAUGCAGUUUCAAGGUUAAUAGGAGCUCCACCUGGUUAUGUAGGCUACGAAGAAGGAGGACAGUUGACUGAGGUUGUUCGCAGAAGGCCAUAUGCUGUUAUUUUGUUUGAUGAGAUAGAGAAGGCUCACUCUGAUGUAUUCAAUGUUUUCCUGCAAAUUCUGGAUGAUGGUAGAGUUACCGACUCUCAGGGGCGUACCGUGAGUUUUACUAACACUGUGAUCAUUAUGACUUCAAACGUGGGUUCCCAAUAUAUACUUGACACAGAUGAUGACGCCUUGCCCAAAGAAAUGGCUUAUGAAACUAUAAAACAACGGGUUAUGGAGGCUGCAAGAGCUGUUUUUCGUCCAGAGUUCAUGAAUCGGGUUGAUGAGUACAUAGUUUUCCAGCCUCUGGACCGUGAUCAAAUCAACAGCAUAGUCAGAUUACAGCUGCAACGAGUACAGCAGAGGAUUUCAGAUCGGAAGAUGAAGAUUCACGUGACUGAUGCUGCCAUUCAACUGCUAGGCACUCUUGGGUAUGAUCCUAACUAUGGAGCUAGGCCUGUGAAGCGGGUAAUACAGCAAUAUGUUGAGAACGAGCUUGCUAGAGGAAUCUUGAGAGGAGAAUUCAAGGAUGAGGAUUCGGUGUUAAUAGACACCGAGGUAACAGCAUUUGCUAACGGUCAGCUUCCCCAGCAAAAGUUGGUGUUCCGAAAAUUGGAAUCUGAUUCAGAAGCACCUGCAGAAAACAGAGAAACUUUCUCCCAGGCACUAUGAGCUUUGUAAAUUGGGUCGCCUUUUGGGCCAGCCGGAGUUGGAAUUUCAGUUGUUCAGACGGGGAAUUACCGAACUGAUUUUUCAAGGCAAAAAUGAUAACUUUCAUUGAUAUGAACAAGUUUGUACAAGCGAUUGAGAAUGAACGUCACUUUGCAUGUUAUUCUAUAAUACCAAAACUGAAAAUCCCAAGGUUAGCUGCAAGCUUUCAUGGGUCUUUGGAAUUUUUUCCAGCA